CAAUAUAUGAGUCGGAUUUUCCUGGCAAACAGUAAGCUAUAAAGAUGCCUUAAUUAAUCAUGGGAUAUUCACUCAUGCAACAAUACGAGGACUGGUGACGACUAGGAUCCGAUUGUUAGAGGUUAGUGACAAUGGAUCCCCACUUAAGUGCCCAGGACGUUUUACGGUGUAAACUCUGUGAAAUCCCGGCACCUCCUAUGUACUGUGACACAUGUCAGAUAAGUCUUUGCAAACCUUGUGUUGGGGAACAUCUCUUCGAUGGAUCAGAACAACACAAUGUGGUGCAAUUUGAAAAGCGGGGAUCUAUUCCAACAUACCCAAAGUGCUUAAAACAUUCCACAAACCCGUGUCAACUGCAUUGCAAAGAGUGUAACUUUCCAAUUUGUGUGCAGUGUAUCGCCUCAGGUGAACAUUUUGGACAUGUACAAGAUGAUAUUUUGGAAUUCAUGAAAACUACGAAAAAAGUUAUAAAAAGAGAUUUACAAGAAUUGGAGAAAUUAAUUCAUCCAAAAUACCAAGACAUUGCAUUAAAGAUCCAAAAAAUGAAAGAAGAUAUGAAUAAAAACUCACAGACAGUAAUAAAAGCUAUUAUGAAACAUGGAGAUGAUUGGCAUAAUGAAAUUAAUACAAUUAUAGAGACGCUUAAGCAUAAUUUUAAUGAAAAAAGUUCUACACAGCUAGAUGCCAUUAGUAUACAGGAAGAUGACAUCAGAUGCACCAUUUCUGCAAUUACACAGUGUACUUUUGAUAUGAAAAAACUACUUGACUCUCAAGACGUCAGUCUUGUCUCUGAAUACUCUUCAAGGAUUGCAGAAUUUAAAAGAUUGCCCUCAGAACCAACACAUACUUUGCCAAGUUUUACAUCCCAUGAAAUAAACGGUCAACAUAUUUUAGAGCAAUUUGGUUCUCUGUCAGUUUUAGAUAUCAAAACAGAUGAUGACGACUACACAAAAAAUACUUCAAGCAAAACAAGUUUUCCAAAAUAUAUUGCUGAACCAUUGAUCGUAGCAGAUAUACAUACCGAGUAUGGACUGCGCAAUUUAUUACUCGGUGUAUCCUGUUUGAGUGAGGAGGAGGUAUGGACCUGCGGACAAGACAAUAUUUUAAGACUAUACAAUAUUAAGGGAGAAUUGGUGAAUUCAGUCAAAAUAAAAUCAGGUGCAUUAUCAUUAGAUAUUGCAAUAUUGACAAGGUCUAAUGAAUUAGUUUAUGCUGAUCGCAAGGACGAGACGGUAAACAUAGUGAAAAAUUCAAAGAUACGGACAUUAAUCAGACAUGAGGGAUGGACACCUUAUUCUGUCUGCACUGCCUUCUUUUAUGAAUUACUGGUUGUCAUGAAAAGUAUUGAUAAGACAAAAACGAAAGUCGUGCGCUAUUUUGGUUCGGAAUUGAAACAAACCAUUCAGUCUGAUGAUAGGGGGAAACCUUUCUUUUCAUGUGGUCGCUACAGUAUAUACAUAUGUGAGAACAUUAAUCAUGAUAUAUGUGUGGCCGACAAUGGAGCCGGUGCAUUAGUGGUGGUCAGUCAGGACGGGAAACUCCGGUUUACCUACACCGGUCCUCCCUCCAAAACCAAACGAUCGUUUGAUCCAUAUGGCAUAGCUACAGACAUUCAAGGCCAGAUCCUUACUUCAGAUUUACGGAACAACCGUAUACACAUCCUAAAUCAGGAUGGACUCUUCAUUUGCUAUAUUGACAAUUGCCAUUUAGAUCGCCCGUCAAGUUUAUCGAUAGACAAAUCAGGCAAUCUCUUUGUUGGUGAAAAUUGCACUGGUAAAGUGAAAAUAAUUAGAUACUAAACGCGAACUGAUAAUGGACGUGCAUGGGGAAAAUUAUCAAAAUAUGUUAGAAGUAUAAACUGAACGUGGCUAGCUUUCAUCAAUUUAAACUUCUACUGCUGGACAGCCAAUUACUUUAUUUUCAAUUGUUUGUACAAUAAAAUCACAUACCUUCCUUGUGUUGUUGUACAUAUGUACCGGUAGACUACUGUCGUUUCACUAGAUUAUAAGUUCAUGACACACAAACUCUG